GUAAACAACCCGGACACGUGUCACCUCUCACCUGCCCUGACUUCUCCCCCCUGAUGCUCCCAGCAGCAGCACCUGUCGUCCCAACAUCCUUUGCGUGUCCAAUAUGGAGGAACUGGCGGUGGAGGUCCGCGGCUCCAACGGGGCUUAUUACAAGGGCCUUGUCAAAGACAUCCACGAUGACUCUCUCACCAUUGCCUUUGAGAACAAUUGGCAGCCAGAACGCCAGGUGCCCUUCAAUGAUGUCAGGUUGCCCCCACCCGCCGACGCCAAGAAGGAGAUUGGGGAGGGCGAGGAGGUGGAGAUCCUCUCCAGAGCCAAUGAUCAGGAGCCCUGUGGUUGGUGGCUGGCUAAAGUUUGCAUGAUGAAGGGAGACUUCUAUGUGAUUGAGUACGCAGCGUUUGAUGCCACCUACAACGAGAUCGUGACCUUUGAGCGCGUGCGUCCAGUCAACCCCAACAAGGCCAUCACCAAGAACUCCUUCUACAAGUGCUCUGUCCCUGUUCCUCAGGACCUACAAGAAGCGUGCCAGAAUGAGAACGCCCAUAAGGAAUUCAAGAAGGCCGUGGGAGCUCUUACUGUCUCUUACUGCCCAGAGACCAGCGAACUAGUGAUUGUGUCCACCAAUGAGACAACAGUGAAGCGUGUGUCUCUGCUGAGUGACAUGCACCUGCGCAGUCUCAGGACCAAGCUGCUUCUGAUGUCACGCAACCAGGAAGCUACAAAACAUCUGGAGAGCUCCAGGCAGCUGGUGUCGUCCUUCCAGGAGGAGUUCGUUGUGAGGAUGGAUCUGAUGGGUCUGGCCAUCGGCACCCACGGCAGCAACAUCCAGCAAGCUCGCAAAGUUCCAGGUGUCACUGCCAUCGAGCUGGAUGAGGAAACUGGCACUUUCAGGAUUUAUGGCGAGAAUGCAGAGGCGGUGAAGAAGGCCAGGGGCUUCCUGGAGUUUCUGGAGGAUUUUGUCCAGGUGCCAAGGAACUUCGUUGGCAAAGUGAUCGGUAAGAAUGGUAAAGUCAUCCAGGAGAUUGUGGACAAGUCCGGUGUGGUGAGGGUGAGGAUAGAAGGAGACAAUGACAACAAGCAGCCCAAACAGGAAGUGACACAGGGAAUGGUCCCCUUCACCUUUGUUGGUACUAAGGAGAGUAUUGGCAAUGUUCAGGUCUUGCUGGAGUAUCACAUCUCGUACCUCAAUGUAAGGACAGAGGUUGAGCAGCUUCGUCUGGAGAGGAUGCAGAUUGACGAGCAGUUGCGUCAGAUCACCCAGGGUCAGAGGGGGGAGAGAGGAGAGAGGGGCGAGAGGGGCGAGAGAGGAGAGAGGGGGGACAGAGGAGGAGCGUACAAUGCAGAUGGCAGCGCCAAUGCCUCCUCGUCCACCGUACAUGUCGGUCGCUCCUACAACAGUCGUGGCCGUGGACGCAGAGGCCACAGCUACAGCACUGGAUAUGGUACCAACUCAGAGCAGUCCAACGCCUCUGAGACCGACUCAGAGCGCAAGGAGGAGCUCAGUGACUGGUCCCUGGCUGGGGAGGACCAGGACAGGGACAGGGAGCGAGGCCAACGGCCACAGAGAGAUGGUCGUCGGAGGCCAGGACCCGGCAGAGGCCGUGGAGGAAGAGGAGGAAGAGGAGGAAGAGGAUACAGCAACAGUUAUGCAGGGCCCCAGGGCCACGAGGAUAACAAUGCCUACGGAGUCCUGGAGACCAACACGGAGACCGACCACACAGCCGAUACAGAUGCUAGCGAGUCAAACUUGCCUACAACCCGCCGCAGAAGGUCUCGGCGACGCAGAACUGACGAGGACGCCACACUGAUGGACGGCAUGAGCGAGUCGGACAACGCCUCAAUGAGUGAAAAUGGAAUAGAUGACCCGGAAGCUAAAUCUCAGCGUCGUAACCGUAGUCGACGUCGCCACAUCCGCCUGCCUGAGGAGAGGCAGCCAGUGACUGUGGCUGACUACAUAUCCAGGGCUGAAUCUCAGAGCAGAGAGUUGACCUCUACCGACCCCAAGAAGAUAACCAAGGAUGUGGCUCAGGUGGAUGCCAUCGCUGAGCACAGCCCGCCGUCUCCCCCGGCAACCACCAAUGGUUCCAACAACAGCGACGCCGCUGCUGACGGUGAGGGCAGCAGCAAAGCUCCCAGGUCUCCCAGUGAGAGGCCGGCCAAAGUGUCCUACGAGGACCCAAGCCCACAGCCCGUUGUUAACGGACUCUCCUAGUCAGACCGCAUCAAAGGAAAUGGUUUCAAAUAUUUGAACACGUUUGGCUGCACUGAAUUUAAUCUCACUGUCUCUAGAGCAGCCCUCGUCUAAAUACAAAAAGCACUGUUCUUUUUUUUUUUUAACGUUACGAAUAUUUGAAACCUGUUUCACUGUGCAAGUUUUAGAGGUCUAACCCUAAACCCCAUUUUACAUGUGUUCUGUUCCAACUAUCCACUUUACUACAUUUUUUUUACAAUAGUUCUUCCUGUAUGAGCUUGCCAAAGAUAGUCAAACACACUCAGACGUACAUACAUCUCUAUUCUACUGUUCCUCUCAGUCCACUCUUCGUUGAGAGCUCAGGGGGAGGUCGGACUGAAUGCAGUAUUUGUAAAAAAAACGCAGACAGGGAUUCAGUUCGAACCCAUAACUGUGGUAUGACUUCAGCAGUUGUUUUUAUUGGUAUAAAUAACAUCAUAGCAGGGUUUUAGAAUAAGAAAUCAUGCCUUUUAACAGGCAGAUGCAGAAAGAUGCUUCCACACCCUUUUUCAGGAUGUUUUAUGAAAUCUGAAGUCGUUUGGAACUUCAGCGUUCUGCAUGAGCAGCGGCUCAGUGCAGGCAGGUGUGUCGGAACCCCCCAAGUAUGUAAGACAUACACGUGAUCAGCUGUUGUGCCUUGAGAGUAGAUUCAACAUGUCGUUGCCUGGCUCUGCACACCAUCUGAGAUCCGCUCACUCAUUUCCGUGUUACUUGGUCGCCUCCACCUGUCACAGUGGAACCAGAGCAGCCGUCUCCUUUGUGCUACAUGUACCGGCACUGUCGGCAGGUGCAGGCCGACACUGAGACCCUGGUAGGAUUUCAGAGGCAUAUCUUUUUUAAUUCAGGUGUGUCUAUUCUUAAUGUUUGUGGGGCAAAUGAGUCCAGUUAUCCGAGUUUGACGUUAGCUGCUUUGUUUUUCAAUAUGCAACCACUUUGGUCAUAGAAGAAAUGUUAUUACAGAGUGUCUGGAGAGGAAACAAACAAUGGAGGAGUUGUUUUCUUUGCACUGAAACUUAACCUUUUUCUUUGUUUAAAAAAAAAAGUUGAUUGUAGUCGAGUCUGGAAAGUGACCUGUUACUGUUUCGUGCUGGACAGAGAUGUAGCCAUCAGUGCUGGGUUUCCUGGAAACAUCUCGUUUCAUCGAUUCCUCUAUUGGAAUUAACAGAUUCAAAGCACAUUGUUUGUCUUUUGAGAUUUCCCCUCUCCGGUUCCGACUGAAACAGAAAUCCUGUCGCAGCAGCAAGAACCAGACGAGCCGGGUGUUGAGAUGUUUCUGGGAAACCAAGCAAGUGUCAUUUUCACGAUUCUUCCACAGACCAACUGGUUGGAAACUGGUCAUGACUGUUCCAUUUAGGAAGGAGAUUUAUUUGGUUUAUUUAUUUAAAAAGUGUACAGUAUUUAAAAAAAACAAAAGGAAAAAAAAACAAGAGAAGCUCUUCAUUUUCUUGACACUAAACAACAUGUUGCCGAGGGGUUUAUUUUGGAGACAUAAGACAAUUUGGACUACUGAGGGUUGUGACAUCCAGUAUGUUUUUUUUAAGGAUCAUUCUGGUUGGUUGAUGUGCAAUAUGUUUUGUAUGCAGGUAGUUCUUAAAUAAACUUGAUCUUCUGUAUAGAUCUAAACUCGA